UGAUCUGUCUGCGAGAACCCGCGACUCUGUUUUGCACACCGCACCGGUCUGCCCGGACGCUAUAAAGUCGAAGUCUCGCUAGCUAGACAUUAAAAGCUGACAACACACCACUGACACCCAGCCAAACUACUACGAUCCAUUCGGAUAAAGAAGGGAGCUCAAAAACUGGAAAAUGGAUCCUUGUGAAUGCUCCAAAACUGGAUCUUGCAACUGCGGUGGAUCCUGCAAGUGCUCCAACUGUGCAUGCACCAGUUGUAAGAAAGCAAGUUGCUGCGACUGCUGUCCUUCCGGCUGCAGCAAGUGUGCCUCAGGCUGCGUGUGCAAGGGCAAGACUUGUGAUACCAGCUGUUGUCAGUGAGGCCUGGUGUAUUACAUCACAAUGAAGUCCAUUCCCUAUGACUGACGUUGUACCAUCUUGAGCAUAGGUUUUGUACUUUGUCAAAUGUAAGGCAAUAAAUUGCAUCUAACUUAUUCAAGUUUCUUUGACUUACUUGGGUUACUGGAGUUGUUGGGCUGUGGGACAUAAGGGGUAAAAUCAUGUCUGUACUCAAAAGAGCAAUUGCUCGCUUCUGGGAAACCAGUUUAUCAUUUUACUAAAAUAUGUUUAAAUUGAGGCGCAAGAUCGAUCACCUUAACCAGCCAGCACAGCAGGUGGCGUGAGAGCUGAUGACUACAAAGCGCAAGGUCUUGUUAUGAGGCAUGAUCGCUGAGCGUUAUAGUCCUUGGUGGAACCAGAACUCUUUGACGUGAGAAGUCGUCGCGGUAGCUAUUAAGGAAUAUCAAGAUGCCGCAGCGCUAUUCCAAGUGGGAUGCACUGAGGGGUUCGUGCUGACAGCCAGGCAAAUGGCGUCCUUGACUGCAAGAACAAGAUCUGUCAAGUGGCGUUUAAGGAGCUGCAGACUUAAAAUACGGCGUAAGAGGUGAGUGGUUGCCAUGGAAGCGGAGGGCUUUGGAGAGCUCCUGCAGCAGGCGGAGCAGCUUGCGGCGGAGACUGAGGCUGUGUCUGAGCUUCCCCAUGUUGAGAGGAACCUUCAGGAGAUCCAGCAGGCUGGAGAGAGACUACGUUCCCGCACCCUAACCCGAACGUCGCAAGACGCUGCUGACGUGAAAGCCUCUAUCCUCCUGGGUUCCAGAGGCCUGGACAUCUUCCACAUCUCCCAGCGUCUGGAGAGCCUGAGUGCUGCCACCACCUUUGAACCUCUGGAGCCAGUGAAAGACACUGACAUCCAGGGCUUUCUGAAGAAUGAGAGGGACAAUGCGCUGCUCUCUGCAAUCGAGGAGUCACGUCGCAGGACGUUCCUCCUGGCAGAGGAGUACCACCGUGAGUCCAUGCUGGUUCAGUGGGAGCAGGUGAAGCAGAGAGUACUGCACACCUUGCUGGGAGCAGGGGAAGAUGCUCUGGACUUCAGCCAAGACGUAGAGCCCAGCUUUGUGAGUGACGCAGGGACUCCUGGGCGGAGUGCUCUUGACAGCGUGGAGGUAGCCUAUGGACGACAGAUCUACGUCUUCAAUGAGAAGAUAGUGAACGGACACGUCCAGCCCAACCUGGGAGACCUCUGUGCCUCAGUGGCAGACAGCCUGGAUGACAAGAACGUGUCAGAUAUGUGGCUGAUGGUGAAGCAGAUGACAGACGUGCUGCUGGUCCCAGCCAAAGACACGCUGAAGAGCCGCACGUCCGUGGACAUGCAGAUGGCUUUCGUCACGCAGGCCCUGCAGUUCCUGGAGAACAGCUACAAGAACUACACCAUGGUGACGGUGUUUGGGAACCUGCACCAGGCCCAGCUGGGCGGAGUCCCUGGCACCUAUCAGCUGGUGUGCAGCUUCCUCAACAUCAAACUACCAGGGCCUCUGCCAGGCAUGCAGGAUGGUGAGGUGGAGGGUCACCCAGUCUGGGCUCUGAUCUACUACUGCCUGCGCUGUGGGGACCUGGGGGCUGCCAUGCAGGUGGUGAACCGGGCUCAGCAUCAGCUGGGAGAUUUCAAGACCUGGUUCCAGGAAUAUAUGAACAGCCCUGACAGGCGCUUGGCCCCUGCCACAGAGAACAAGCUGCGUCUCCACUACCGCAGAGUGCUGAGGAACAGCGCUGACCCCUACAAGAGGGCCGUCUACUGCCUCAUUGGGAAGUGUGACAUCGCAGACAACCAUGGAGAGGUGGCCGACAAAACCGAGGACUACUUGUGGCUCAAGCUCAACCAGGUGUGCUUCGAUGACGACGGCAGCAGUGCUCCUCAGGACAAACUGACACUGCCCCAGCUACAGAAACAGCUUCUAGAGGACUAUGGAGAGUCCCACUUCUCAGCCAUCCAGCAGCCGUUCCUGUACUUCCAAGUGCUGUUCCUCACGGCCCAGUUUGAGGCUGCUGUGGCCUUCCUGUUCCGGGUGGAGCGUCUACGCAGUCAUGCUGUUCACGUGGCUCUGGUUCUCUACGAGCUAGGGCUGCUGCUCAAGUCAUCUGGACAGAGCGCACAACUGUUGAGUCAGGAGGCUGGGGACCCCCCUAUGGUCCGACGGCUCAACUUCAUCCGUCUCCUCAUGCUCUACACACGCAAGUUUGAGUCCACAGACCCCCGGGAAGCUCUACAGUACUUCUACUUCCUACGGAAUGAAAAAAACAGCCAAGGAGAGAACAUGUUUAUGUGCUGUGUUAGCGAGCUGGUGAUUGAGAGUCGAGAGUUUGACAUGCUUCUGGGAAGACUGGAAAAAGAUGGCAGCAGGAAGCCUGGAGUGAUUGAUAAAUUUGCCGGAGACACGCGAGCCAUUAUCACAAAAGUGGCGCUGGAGGCAGAGAACAAGGGCCUGUUUGAGGAAGCAGUCAGACUGUAUGAGCUGGCCAAGAAUCCAGACAAGGUCCUAGAGCUGAUGAACAGGCUGCUGAGUCCUGUUAUUGCCCAAGUGGGCUCCACCCAGUCCAAUAAGGAGAGACUGAAGAACACUGCUGUUGCCAUCGCUGAGCGGUACCGGACCCAGGGUGUUGCUGGAGAGAAGUCUGUGGACAGCACCUUCUACCUGCUGCUGGACCUCAUGACCUUCUUUGAUGAGUACCAUGUUGGUCACAUAGACCAGGCCUACGAUGUUAUGGAGAGACUGAAGCUGGUCCCUCUGAGUCAGGACAGUGUGGAGGAGAGGGUCGCUGCAUUCCGUAAUUUCAGUGAUGAGGUCAGGCAUAAUUUGUCGGAGGUUCUCCUGGCCACCAUGAACAUCCUGUUCAUGCAGUACAAACGUCUAAAGGGCGCCACAGCAGGAACCCCUGGUCGACCACAGAGAUCCAUGGAGGACAGAGACUCGCAACUGCGCAGCCAGGCUCGAGCACUGAUCACGUUUGCUGGGAUUAUCCCAUACCGCAUGGCAGGCGACACCAAUGCCCGGCUGGUGCAGAUGGAGGUCCUAAUGAACUGACUCCAAAAUACCCCAAAGCCCCAGCCAUACCCACCCUUCUCAUCAACUGUCUGAUUUAUUUUUGUGCAUUUUUCCCAUUUCUUUGUCCUUAUGUUGCUCCAUAUUUGUAUUUUUUCAUAAAUUGAAAUAAAAUGUCAGUUCAAUUUCA